AUUCAGGUUGAAGGCGAGAUGUCAACUUUGAAAGGCACUGUCAACUCCAUGGUGGACCAGCUGAGCGCCUUCGCAUCCAAAGUCACUCGUGUCGCGCUGGAAGUCGGAACGCAAGGUAUAUUGUGUAGUCAGGCUCGCGUAGAAGGUGUGCAGGGUACCUGGGCUGACUUGACACUCAAUGUGAACAAAAUGGCUAGUAAUCUGACCGACCAAGUACGAUCGAUCUCAGAGGUCACAAAAGCUGUUGCCUUGGGCGAUCUAGGCAAAGUCGUCAACGUCGAUGUGCAGGGAGAAAUGCUAGAUUUGAAGAUGACUGUCAAUUCUAUGGUUGCCCAAUUGUCUACUCUUGCCAACGAAGUCACUCGUGUGUCUUUGGAAGUCGGUAUAGAAGGUAUCUUAUGUGGGCAAGCGUAUGUCCCCGAUGUUCUUACAGAUAAUGUUAACCUCAUGGCCAUGAAUUGGACCAGCCAGGCUGGUGGUGACUUGACGAAGAAGAUUGAAGUCGACUUGCGUGGCCAAAUUAAGGAGUUGAAGGAGACCGUCGAUGGCAUGACCGAAAGCUUGAGUCUCUUCGCCGAUGAAGUCACUCGUGUCGCAACAGAGGUCGGUACAGAAGGACGAUUGGGAGGUCAGGCUCUGCGUCUCCUGUGA